UUGGAUUGGAGAUUGAUGGACUUUAUACGUAUAAAAUACGCUUUACGAUUGGCCGUAUUUCUGCGUAUAAGGUGUUAUUUGAGCCGUUCAUAUCCAAGCUUUAUAUAUUCUCACCGAGUUUAUUUGCAGCUCUUGUCAUCAAUCUUCAAGCUUCUGCCUGGGCCCUGGGCGUCUUCUUCUCCUAAAGAAAGGAAAAUGUUUGACAAAGACUUCUUCACUGAAUAUGGCGAAGCGAGCCAAUAUGGGAUAAAGGAAGUAGUUGGUAAAGGAAGCUAUGGCGUGGUUGCAUCUGCAAUAGAUACUCAUACCGGAGAGAAGGUGGCUAUUAAGAAGAUGGCCAAUAUCUUUGAGCACACCUCUGAUGCAAUACGCAUCCUUAGAGAAAUCAAACUCCUACGGCUGCUGCGACACCCGGAUAUCGUUCAAAUUAAGCACAUAAUGCUUCCUCCAUGUCGACGAGAAUUUAAAGAUAUAUUUGUUGUUUUUGAGUUGAUGGAAUCUGAUCUUCACCACGUUAUAAAGAUUAACAAUAAUCUAACCCCUGAACAUCAUCAAUUUUUCUUGUACCAGCUUCUUCGGGGCCUAAAAUACAUUCACACAGCACAUGUUUUCCAUAGAGAUUUAAAGCCAAAAAAUAUACUUGCUAAUGCGGACUGCAAACUGAAGCUUUGUGACUUUGGACUUGCUCGGGUAUCAUUUACUGAUGUACCUUCAGCUAUUUUUUGGACUGAUUAUGUUGCAACUCGAUGGUAUCGGGCUCCUGAGCUGUGCGGUUCAUUUUUCUCAAAUUACACCCCUGCUGUUGAUAUUUGGAGUGUAGGAUGCAUAUUUGCCGAGUUGCUUACCGGAAAACCCUUGUUUCCUGGGAGGAAUGUGGUGGAUCAAUUGGAACUUGUGACCGAUUUGCUCGGCACUCCCUCUGAGGAAACAAUUGCAAGGAUUCAAAAUGAAAAAGCUAGAAAGUAUUUGAAUAGCAUGAGAAAAAAGAAACCCAUUCCUUUCUCAGAAAAAUUCCCAACUGUUGAACCAUUGGCCCUUAAUUUGCUUGAGCGUCUCAUCGCAUUUGAUCCUAAUGAUCGACCUUCUGCUGAAGAGGCACUAGCUGAUCCGUACUUCGAAGGAUUGGCAAAUUUGGACAACGAACCAUCCAUGGAACCCAUUUCAAAACUUGAGUUCGAAUUUGAAAGAAGGAAGCUGUCGGAAGAUGAUGUCCGAGAGCUAAUUUACAGAGAGAUAUUAGAGUACCAUCCACAGAUGCUUCAGGAGCACCUUCAAGGCAAAGAUCACAUUGGCUUCAUGUAUCCAAGCGGCGUUGAUCAGUUUAAGCAACAAUUUGCUUGUCUCGAGGAAUGCGGCACAAAUGAAGACAACAUCCUCCUCCAUAGGAAAUAUACAUCUUUGCCUAGAGAACGAGUCUGCGGUGAUGAUAUCGAUCCCACUGAUGAACCGAAAAAGCGUACCGCAGCGUCUGCUUCUCGUGCAACUUCUCAAAGCCCUAUAAAAUUGCAAGGAUCGGGGGAACUGGGAUAUGGUACUACGGAAGCCUCCGGCAAACCUACUUCAAGCACCCGGUCUCGCCUGUCUAAAAGUGAUAGCAUCAGUGCUUCAAGGUGUGUGGGCGUUGCUCGAAAAUCUUGUGAGGUGCACAGUGAGCUGCAGAAAGCUAUAGCUUAAGCAUCUGUGUUCGACUCCGGUGCAUUGUUUUCGUUCGAUCGGUCUGCGAACUUCUAUUUCCUUUGGAGAUGCUACUAAUUCUGCCUUCGGGUUGCCAUAAAAUUGGUUUUCCUACUGAUGUAGCUCGUAGCUGUUAUUUUAUGAUUCUUCAGAUGUACCUGUUUACCGUUU